UAAACGAAACUUACUGAAAGGUGUUUGUGUUUUCCUCGCUAGGGCGAGACCGGAUUUGCUCGUUGGUUUCAGAUCCGGACUGUCGUGCUUGAACUGUUUAAACGAUCGAGACAUCGUCUGCACUCAGAAAUUGUAUCGACCUAGUUCGCUUGUGAAUUUAACAGAUUUUGCUUAAAAGUUGUAAGGACAAAGGAUAUGAGAAAUCGAAUAACGUGGAUAUGGACGACUUAUGCAUGAACCUAGCCAAUUGCUGGCAGAGUAUUUCCUAACAAUCCUGUACAUCCUGAUUUCCAUUGUGGAGGAGAAACCCAAAUCUACUGAGCCGAUUGAUGAAUCGGAAGUUCCAGCAGUGAGCUUUGACACAAAAUACCAAUAAUGGCAAAACAAGAAGACAUGCUGCCAGUUGAAGAAUGGACUGAAGUUCAAGUGAGCUUCUGGUUAAGGACUAUAGGAGUGAAGGAGCAGUAUAUUAAAAGGAUUACAGAGGAAGAGGUAACUGGGGCAGUCCUUCUUGAAUUGACUGAGGACUUUCUGAGGAAAGAAAUUGAAAUGAAAUCAGGACCUGCUUUGCUGAUUCUCAAGAAGAGAGACAGCCUUCUCAAGCAGAGAUCAAAGGUCAAGGAAAAACCACAAAGUAUUGAAAAAGGGAGUAAAAAGCAUAAACAGGUUCCAGAGGUUCCAAAGGAUAAAACUCCUCCAAAACAAUCUCUUAGUGUGUUGACCACAAAGAGAGACUGUAAGCCACGACCAUUUGAUAAGGAGGGCAUUGAUUCCACUUAUGUCAAACACAAUGUACUGCAACCUGAAUCUGGUGUUUUUGAUCUGAUUUCUCCUUGUCAUGAGUACAAGUCUUUCACCAUUGCAGCCUCUCUGGACCGCAUGAGACUGCAGGCAAAAUUUGCCAAAGAGGUUAUCAAAUUUGGCAGUGGCUGUAUGAAUAUUAGAUCAAAUGGCACAAUACACUUUGGUGUGAUGGACAGUAGAGAUGAUGCGGGCUAUGUACAUGGUGAGAUUAUUGGUUUUCCUGUGCCGGAGAAAGAUAUGUAUGUUGACGCAUUAGAUUACAUUGAGAGGAGCUGUUCUUCUUCACACAGUGAGCACAUGCGGCAAUGCAUUCGUCCCCCACGCUUCAUAGAGGUCCUGGACAUGGUUAGUGCAGAAAAAAGGUAUGUGGUAGAGGUUGACAUAGUGCCUUCCAUCAGCAUUGUGAGGAAAAAGAUGUACUCUGUUCGUCUGCCAAACUUCAAAGAGUCAAAUAACAAAAUUGACUAUGAAAAAGACACGUUUUACAGAAGGGUGGGCUCAAAAACAGAGCCGGUGAGCGAUCAAUUAGACUUCUUCGAGCGAGUCGAGGACAGAGAUGCUCUACGAGAUGAGGCUGAGCACUGUCGAUAUUUAAGCACUCCAGGCAUUUGCCAAGAUCUUGGAAGAAAGCUCACAAUGCUGGUGACUAACGGUAAGAAGUUCAUAGAGAAAGAGAAGUGGUACAUUCUUGUUGCAAACAAAUUCAGACCUGACGAUUUGAGAAGCAUUGACUUCUUACUCAACUUGAACAUAUUCUGUGUGUUUGACUUUGACCCAGAUUCCAAGGGGUCAGGGCUCUGCAGUAAAUACAUUCAGCACCAUGCUGCAAAUAUGCAUUUCAUGCAGAACUACAAAAUACAAAGAGGUAUGCCCCUUGACCAAUUUGUGAGUCACCUGCAUUUAUUUGAGCAAACUAGCUGGAUAUUCUGCAAUGGACGCAAAGAUUACGAAGGAAAUGAAAACCCCUGUGACGAAAUGACAUGGAUCAAAACAAAAAUGACCCUCCUCAGAGAAUCUGUGUCGCUGAUCUGCAAACAGAUCUUGCCAAAAGGUACAUUCUUGGUACUGUUUCUCCUCACAUCCCCAGUUGAAAAACCUCUCUUGCAUACCUUCUUUGAGUUCUUCACUGAUAUGGAGGGCCAUGAUGACAUCAUAUGCAUAUCAGAAUCUGAGGAAAACUACCAGAAGUGGCAGAGCUUUGCAGAAGGUUCUUGUGGAACAGAAACUGUGAACCGCUUCAGUGUUGUUGGGAUGAAAAUUAGUCAUGUUGAUGCUACUCUGCAACAAAUCCAACCUGUCACCUCUAGAGCAACUAAGCACUUGCCUAUCUUUGUUAAAGGACAGUGCCUUCUUGAAACAAGAGAGGAAGAAAGGAUGUAUUCCCUGGAAAUCAUCAGUAUGGACCAUUGUAAUGAAACAACUGAUGACUUCAUAAAAUCAAACAAAGAUACCAUUGAACGUGAGUUUUACCAUGGUGGAAGAGUGACCUGGUUGAAUUUCUGGCUCGCAGAAAAGGGGUAUGUUGGAGAAGUGAUUCAAAGGGAUGCAUAUCGGGAAAUAUCAGAAAUUCUGACUGACACCCUGAAAUGGAGUGUGGAUCCAUUUCCUGUGAAGAGUAUCAACAUCUACCAUCAUCCCGGGAGUGGUGGAAGCACUGUGGCAAGACAGAUCAUGUGGAAUAAUAGGAAAGACCUCAGAUGUGCUAUUGUGAAGCCAUCAUACUCAGCUGCAAUAGUCACUGAACAUGCAGUUCAGCUGAGAGAGUAUGAGGAAAAAGAUCCCCAGAAGUGUCUCCCAGUGCUGCUUUUGAUUGAAGACUGCGGCAAAGAAUACUUAGAUGAUCUGAGAAAUGAAUUUGAAAAUGCCAUGAACACUAAGAAAAUAAAACGGGGGCAAUGCUUUAUUUUGUUGAGCUGCAGACGUUCACAUAACCCAGAGAAGAUGUGCAAAGACCUCCCAUUGAAUAAUGUGUCUGUCACUCACAAACUGUCACCUGAAGAGAAGAUCAAGUUUGCAGGGAAACGACAGAAACUGGAGGAACAGUACAACAUAGAAUUCAUCUUGACUUUUGUCUUGAUGAGUGUCGAAUUUAAGCAUCAGAAAAUUGUGGAGUAUGUGGAAAACUUUGUGACACAUUUACUACAAGACAUUGACCGCCAACAUGUUGUCACCCGCCUCAUUCACUAUGUAGCUUUGCUGAACACCUAUGUUCAUAACUCUUUCAUUUCCCAGUCCCACUGGGAAGCCCUGAUGACGCUACCCUUACACAUGUAUAGAUUUCGGCAACAUACUUUUGAGGAGUCAUUGAGUGAGCCGGCCAAGCUCGUCUUGGUACAUCUGAAAGAUGACAAGACACACAUUGAAUCACUUCGAAUAAUCCAUCCAUUAGUUGCUAAGGAAAUCCUUCAGCAGCUCCUUGGUGACCAAAAGCUGCAAAGUUGUUUGGCAAUGAAUCUGCUCCGAGAGGAUGUGCUUUUUGAGCAUCGGUUUGGAAGAGAGGAGUAUGUAAAGUUCCUGAGAGCAUUGUUCAUGCGACGCUGCAGAAUCAGUAAAGGAGAUGAAUAUGACAGCUUUUUUUCACCUCUCAUUGAGCAUGUGUGUGCAAAUGAAACUCCUGCCACGGCGAUAGAGUUACUCACGCAAGCUUACCAACGUUUCAACAAAGAUGCAUUCUUUGCUCAGCAACUUGCUCGGCUCAAUUACACCCAUGAGAAAUUUGAAGAGGCAAAACACUGGGCAGAAAUAGCAGCCAAACAAAUGCCUAGUAACUCAUACAUACUUGACACAAAAGGUCAGGUGUACAGAAAGUGGUUCCAUGCCAAGUUUAAAGUAAUUGAGAAGGUAGCAAAGACUGCUGAAAACACAGCAGAUGCUGUGGAAACUGCCCUGAGAGCCAUUGACUGUUUCAAAGAAUGUGAAAAUGCAGCCAUCUCGGACCGUGAAGACAUGAAUAACUCAGGUUUCUUUGCAACUGUUGAAGUUGGAUGCAGCUUGUUGAAGCUAAUUUUCUCAUUGCACAUUUUCUCAAACAAAGCUCAGGGCCACUCAGAAUGUAUGAAGUAUUUGCUCACAGAAUACAUUCCAGAAGAACUUAGGAAGCCAUGGGAACCAUUUCACUGCCAGCUAAAAAAACUUCAAAUGACACUACAUGAAUCUCUUGAGUGGAUUUCAGAAGACCUGGGUUACUUUCAGACAGAUAUUGGUGCUGAUGAGGCAGAAACCAUUGAAAGUCCUGAAAUUAUAAGUCAUCCACUGAAAUGGCUUGUGAAGAAAUCCACUGAGUACGGGAAAUAUUUCUGUGAAGCAUCUACUAGCACAGCUCUGAAGCAGAGUCAGUCAAACCCAGUUACGUUGACUCCAUUCAUGAAACGCUUGAUCAUUUAUCGCCUUGGAGGGGGACAUUUAACCACUAUCUUCUCCAUUAUGACAGACCCAAAAGAAAAACAUCCGUCAAAAGUUCUGGAGAACAUCAUAUCUCUCUAUCCAAGCAACCCUCAGACAGCUAGGCUGGAACAAAUGGAUCUGGUCAACUACAUAGCAGUACAUAUUGCUUUUAGCUGCAUGUCAACUCAGUCUCCAAAGGUAGCUGCCCUGAAAGACCUCCAGACACUCAGUCAGCAGUUCCCUACAGACAAACGUAAGUGUCUGCCCAGCGCCCUGUUCCUACUCACCUUAUUGUUCUGGCCAGAGGAAAACGACACAGACAAAGAGAACAAAUAUGACAUAGUUCAGUCAGCCGUUGAGUGUCUUCAAAAGAGCUACUGGACCAAAAUGAAGGAUGUUCCUACCAGAAAGAGAAGAAUUUACACACAUUUUUUUUUAAGCAAUGGAAGCGGCUGGAGCAAGAUUGUCCACAAGAGCAAAGUGGAAGCAAUCACUAAGAUCCUUUCUGUGUCUGAGAAGAGAAUGAAGUGGUUCCGUGGAGAGGCGUGGAAAAUGCCUGAAAUAGCUCACCUAUUGAAGACUGUAUCUGGGUGGACAGAAGAUGGAGUAAUCUAUCUCACUGGCCCAAAACAGAAGAAAUUUUGUAUUCCUCCACUGAAUAUAGCCUCUGUGCCCUACAGCAAUGAGAACAUUACUUUCUACUUGGGCUUCACAUUUAGAGGACCUGUUGCAUACAACAUCACAGUGAAAGAAUAGAAUGUAAAAGUGAUCAGAAUUCCAUAGAUGGAAAAUGUCUUGCUUUUGUAGGUAACUAGAUAAUACAUGUUCAGCAGUUUGUCAGAGAUGUAAAUACUUAUGAGCAUGAAAGCUAUGAGUGAAUUACUUUCUUCCUUUCUCGAUUGCAUUCUUUUUUCAGAAUUUAACAGUUGCACAGUGUGCUUAAUGCAUUUUAGGCAACCAGGCAUCUUUAGUUACGUAGUCACGCCUGUUGAUAUUGUCAAAGGAAGUCCUACAUAACAGAUUAACCUUUUAUCGAUGUAAUGGAGCAAACGCUGUAUGUAAAAUCUGAUAAAGACAACCAAUAUGAAUAUAGAUAAUGUCUCAAUCAAUAAAGGAUAUGGAACACGCAAAUUGCAUUUAUAGCCAUUCUACAUUUUUUGGAGAUGGUUGUCCACCCUAUACAUUUAACAAAAACGUACAGUAUGUUGAGUGAAAUAUAAUUUAUGACCACAGUUUUUUUUAUGUACCCCUCACAGUACCCCACUAUAUGAUAAUAUUAGUGUAUUGCAGGCAAUUAUUUCCUUAUUAUUAUUGACCACCAAAGCAUUCAUAAUAAUGUAUGUUUUUGAAAUGUGUAGAUUAAUUUAAAAAAAUGCUAAUGUUUUAUUUUUCAAUUUGUUGUGUUGUCACUGAAUUAUAGUAAUUUAUAACUAUUGAAAAACUGUCUACAUAUUGUUUAGGACAAUAGUUUAGGACAAUAGUUUUAUUCUUAGUGCCAUAAUACAUAUUGUUUAAGACAAUAUAUUGGUAAAUUAGCAAAUUAUUCUCCAUCUAUUAAUUACCUUGCUAUUCCUGUUCCAUCUACCAUACUAACCCAAUUUUGCAAAAUGUUAAUAUUCUAUGGAUAGAUGACCAUAACACAAACAAUGUGCACUUUCAUAUUGUGUAAGCAUCCAGUGGAGCACAGUAGAGGUUAGUACAUGUUGUACAAUAUAUUGACUAUCUAAUAGUACACUAGCUUACAUCUCAGCCAGUUUGUCUCUACUUGUUCCAGAGGUGGGUGAAAGCCAUCUGAUGUAAGGUCUUGUUAGUUAGUCUUCUGAUGUGCCUCUAUUUAUUCAGUGAUUUAUUUUGAUAAUAACACCAGGUUACUUGUUACCACUCCUGUCAACCAGAGGCCAAAUGUACCAAACUCUUCAUUUGAUUAUUAUUAUCAGUAGUUAUUGUUUGUUGUACUUGUUUUGUUUUAUUAUUUUUGGUAAGGCUAGUAAUUGUGGUAUGGGAUGCAGCUGACUGGGAGGGCAAUUUUCUUUUUACCAGAGAAAGAAAAUGCCACAGCGAGCGAAGCAUGACUUGUUUCUUGCAUUAAUGGAUUACAUUAUCCAAAGA